GAAGAUGAUGUGGAGUGAUAUUUAAACCUCAUGCCUCCGCAAAGCCAUUCAUGAGGCAAGCCUUGCUCCAAACCAACAGACCAGCAUGGAGAAAGGGCUCCGAACACGACAAGAAGCAGGAGCGGCGGAUGAGAACGACUCUUCGGCUCAAGGGAAGACCACAGGGAGUGCAGACCCGGGACAUGAUUGUUGCAAACGCAAUGGCUUGAUCAAUACCCACAACUUAAUGGUGGAGAGUAAGGAAGGACUAGUGUCAGUCUAUUCGGCUCCGCAGUAUCAUGUGGUGUCCAAGGACAAAAAUGGGACACCUGAUAGUAGAGGACCCCCGCAGCUGCUGAACCCCAGCACCCUGCCGCAGGCUAUAGACCCUUACUACAGGCCCAACCUCAUCCUCUACCCUGAGAGUGUCCUGAGAGCUUGGGGCGAGGGGGGUGACUGCUGCGAGACCACUUUCAUCGAAGAUAUGACCCCAGCCUCUUCUGGCUCGGCCAUCGCUAAAGAUGGAGUUCUGUUCGCUGACAGUAAGCUGCUGGAUCUCUCUAUGGAGGACGCCAAGAUCCAGACGCUCUCCUAUGAUGUCGAUGACGACGACGAUGAGUUUCAGGAACUGGAGAGCGAGUAUUCAAGUGACUCAGAGAGUGAAGACAAUUUCCUCCUGAUGCCCCCGAGGGACCACCUGGGCCUCAGUGUUUUCUCCAUGCUCUGCUGUUUCUGGCCGCUGGGAAUCGCAGCUUUCUACCUGUCUCACGAGACUAACAAAGCGGUGACUAAAGGGGACUUUCACCAUGCCAGCUCCAGCUCCAGACGCGCGCUCUUCCUCGCCGUCCUGUCCAUCACCAUCGGGACGGGCAUCUACGUGGGUGUGGCGGUGGCCCUUAUCGCAUACCUCUCCAAAAACAAUCACUUGUAGCCUUCCCGUACCCAAGCCACUCUUUCCUUUCAGCGCUCCGGUUCAUCAGCUUUUUUGGGAAAACAAAGGUCAAAGGUCAUGACUAUGGGGAUCACCAGCAAUGUGUUCCACCUCUGCACUUUCAAAGGGAAGGUCGUUUGUGUAAAUGUCCUGAUCACCUUUCUGCAUUUUUCAUGUGAACGUGACGCCUCUACUAUUGUUUUUGUUUGUUUUGUGCUGCAAAUCUAAUAGAUUGACUUCACGCAAAAUCGAAAUCGAGGCUGCGGUGGGAAGAAUCCUGGAAGUAUCGUCUGAGUCACACAGGAAUGUUCUGUACCUGGCUGUAUAUCUAAUCAGCGAAGAGCAAUCAACACAAAUUGAUCAUUUCACCGCCUUCCGAGUGACCCGAUGGUCUGUUCUAAAUGAAAAGUGAAAAUAAAUGAGGGAUGUCAGACCUCAUUUUGAGCUAAGUUAAGGGGAAAGACACUAGUUAGCUAACGUUUUCUUUCCCAAACACACGUUGUAGAUGCCAUUUAUCAAACUCAAGUUGAUGAACUGAAUCUUUUACUAUAUUAGACCUGUCACAAUACAAAAUUUCAUUACUGAAUUUUAUAAAAACCGUCAAGUUCCCUCUAGCAUUUAAGCACUGUUUUGUCGGCUGAUUUGCCAUUGUGUUCACCGGUGCUCAACAGAAAUGACUGAGAUUGGCUGUGAAGGUCAUCCGUUCACUGCACCUUUACCACCAAGUGCAAACACAGACGAGCAAUCCGCUGAUGACUCGACUGAUCUUUGCGUCUUUAAAACGCUCCAGUGUUCUUGCAUCUGCGUUUGCACUCAGCGAAGAGCGGGGAACUGAUAACCUUCACAGCCAAUCACAGUCAUUUCUGUUGAGCACCGGUGAAUACUAUGGCAAAUCAGCUGUGUUUAAGAACGCGCUCAGCGACGCUUAAAUGUUAGCGGGAAGUACUGGGACAACACUAUUACAGAGAACACAAGGGUAUUCAACAGAGGACUGCAUUGUUUCAUCGCUCACCAGGUUGCAUAGGCUAAAGCAGGGAAGCCCCCACUGUGUUUACCUGGUGCCAUGAACUGAAGCCUAGG